GAGAUCUUGAUGACGGUCAGAAGCAGGGGCUUGCCAUUUGCCAGCGACGUUCCAUGACUGAUGUCGACAGAAACAUUUAUGCGACUGCCAGCCGCAAGUUCUCGGUCUGCAGGUGGCUAUGGAAUGGAGAUGGGCCUCGACAGCGCCUCUUCAGCAACUGCGCCGUAGGCGUCUUUGUCCUACAGUGCACAUGGCGGAUGGGCAUUCCCGCCUACCCACCCCUACACUGUUUCCUCCGCCAUGUCUGCCUCUUUGUGGCUUUCUGUCUCGCUCAGCUCGUCGAGGCACUUCGCGACAAUGAUCCUACACCCAGUGUGUUCCAGAUCGCCAAAGCCGUUUGUUCGGCUCCCGGCAUAUGAAGGCCAGCCCUCUCCGCGGGACCAAAAGCCCCUGCUAUAUCCAUCAACCUGUCCCAUCCUGCUUGUUUCCUUGUUCAUUUUCCUGCUGGCUUCCUGCUCGCCUUAACCGCAAGAGAUGACCCAUAGCUCAGCCUAGACAAUAUGGUCGGCGUUGCGACAUUCCCUAUAUCGGGCACGGCCGAUCUGUCGAGGGUCGAAGCCCCCGUAACUCUCAAAGCCUACCUGCUGUGUGCCUUUGCCGCCUUUGGCGGGAUAUUCUUUGGAUAUGACACGGGGUGGAUGUCGGGUGUCCUCGCCAUGCCUUUCUUCAUUACUCAGUACGCGGGUAUCGAAUUCGACUAUGCGUUGGGAAAGCCGAUCGGCGUCGACCCGAUCCAGUUUGGCCUGCCGUCGUCAACCAAGUCUCUCAUGACAUCGAUCCUGUCCUGCGGCACCUUCUUCGGCGCCCUGAUCGCCGGCGACGUUGGCGAUUUCAUCGGCCGCCGUCCGACCAUCAUUAUCGGCUGCGUCGUGUUCUGCGUCGGCUGCAUCCUUGAGAUCGCCUCGGCAAACCAGGUCGUCCUCUUCGUCAUGGGCCGUCUUCUCUCGGGCCUCGGAGUGGGAUUCAUCUCUGCGAUUAUCCUGCUCUACAUGUCCGAGGUCGCACCCCGAAGAGUCCGUGGAGCCUUGGUGUCGGGCUACCAGUUCUGUAUCACGCUGGGAAUUCUGCUGGCGAACUGUGUCACGUACGCUACCGCCAACCGAAACGAUACCGGCUCGUACCGCAUCCCCGUUGGCAUUCAGUUCCUGUGGGCUCUGAUCCUGGGAAUCGGCCUGUCUAUCUUGUGUAAGUGCUACCCAUAUGCGUACCCUGAAAGCCAGAACUUCAUCUUCUACUUCGGCACGACCUUCUUCCAGCAACUCGGCACGAUGCACAACCCGUUCCUCAUCUCGCUCGUUGCCACGCUCGUCAACGCGCUCUCGACCCCGCUCUCCUUCUGGGCGAUCGAGAAGCUGGGCCGGCGCCCGCUGCUGAUCUGCGGCGCGAUCCGUAUGAUCGUCUCGCAGUUCAUCGUCGCGACCGUCGGCGUCACGGCGGGUCGGGCCGAGGUGGCCAACUACGACGCCGUGCGGGCCAUGAUCGCACUCAUCUGCAUCUACAUCUUUUUCUUCGCGUCCACCUGGGCCCCCUGUUUCCCCCUUCCGAUCCGGUCGCGCGGGGUGGGCGUCUCGACGGCGUCCAAUUGGUUCUGGAACUGCAUCAUUGGCGUCAUCACGCCGUACAUGGUCGGCAACGAGCCCGGGUCGGCCAACCUGGGGCCGAAGGUGUUUUACAUCUGGGGCUCGCUGUGCUUCCUAUCGCUGGCAUUUGCGUAUUUCUUGGUGCCCGAGAUGAAGGGCCUCACGCUGGAGCAGAUUGACGGCAUGAUGGAGGAGACGGCGCCGCGCAAGUCGGGUGCGUGGAAGCCGACGACGACGUUUGCGGCGCAGAUGGGGCGGGUGAGACAGGAGGGGAGUCCGAGGCACGAGAAGCAGGCCAUGAGGGCUGUGUAAUGGGAAUCCGGCUCAUUCAUUUGGUUUCACUCGUUUGAGAUAGGAAUGAUGGUUGGCGUUUUCGGUUGGGAGAUGGUUUGUAUUGUACCGUGUUGGGAUGUUCCUUCUCACUGGGAAUGGAAAUAACAACAUUUAUCCAGGACACCAACACCGGCUGUGUGUCUUGCUCCCUGGGCCCAGAGCUGUUGCAUGGCUAGUAAACACAGAAAUUAACAAACUCUAAAAUAUCAUGGUUGAGUGGAAAAAGGCAUCAAAAGC